UCCAUGCAAAUAAAAAACGCGACUGACGAAAACACAAUGGGCAACAUAAAAGUAUAAGUAUAUAGAUCAUACAUCAAGUCAUAAUUACGGGUCGAAUCUUCUAUACCUUAGAUUGGAAUAGUUAUAAAAUGGUUGAUAUUUAAUUCACGGGUGAUAAAAUAUGUUGGAUUCAGUUCUGGAACAUAUCCAAAACACUUGGUCAAAUCUAGAAUAGUUAAAAACGGGAAUCCGAUGAUAAUAACCGCCAAGGUGAAAGCGACGUUUCAUAAGUAACAAAGUUUGCAUUAAUGACGAAAGCAUCGCAUACAAUUCUAAACAAAUGAUUAUUUUCUGAUCAAGAGGAACUACUUUUGGACGACUCUGCUCGAUCUCAGAGUCAUGCAAAGGGAUAGGUUUAUUCCGGUACAGACAAAAAUACCCUGAUUGACACCCUUGAAUACUCCCCUUGGGACUCCAAAACUGCAAAAUACACCAGAGGACUGGGAAAUGAAAUAAAAGUUAAAUUGAAAAAGCACGAUUUAUCUAAGCUUUAAUUAAAUCAUUGAAAACAGAGAUACCUGAGCGCAACCAACAACGAGUUGAAGAAAACAUAAAGUUAUAUUUGAUAUUUGAUGACUGUCAUUAAAUAUUUUGGAUGGUGGAUAUAAAUAAUGUUUGAUGGUGCUUGAGAAGUGAAGGUUUUAAAGUUAAAAACGCAGACCUUUAAAUUCCUGAGCGGGGCAAAGUCUCUCGAUGAUAACACCUAACACACAGAUUAACGAAGGGAUUAACACAACUUGGAUAUCGUCAGCAAACAAACUGGGGAUUGACUGACAUUAGACACUUAGUGCAUUGCAUUCGAUACUGCAUUUGGAGUAUGCUUCAAAAUAUAAAUUCAAAGAGGGAUUAACGAUACUGAAUUGACAAAAAUGGCGAAGGGUUGGAAUAAGAAAAAAUCGAAGGAGAAAGACAAAGAUGAUCCUGGAAAUGAGCAGGGAAAUAACAAUCAUGAUAGCACUGUUGCAAACAAUAAUCAGCAGCAUAGCAAUGUUGCAAACAAGGAUUCUAAGAAAGAGGACAAAAAGAAGUCAUCCAAACCAGACAAUACAGUUCUAUUGGUUGACUCAAAAUAUGCAAGAAGCAAACACGGUAUCAUGAAAGUCCCAGAAGUGGUAUUUGACAUCAUAGCGUUCUCCAUCUGUGAUAUAGCCACCAGAUCAUUCACGUGUGAGCCAGUGAUCCACGCCGUGAACUUCUUCAGGUUCGUGUCCAUAGCGUCCUUCCUGACUACCAUCCCAUUCGGACUGUUCUUCCUCUUCUCUCUGCAGGACAGGUUCUCUGCGAAGAUCCCCUGGCACAUUGUGCAAAUUGCAUUCCCUGCGUUCUGGGCACUGAUGUAUGCUAUAGCAUCCCCUGUCCUGUUGGCGCUUCAUGUUACAAAAGGGUGUGGACAAGGCCAAGACGCUUAUAUUGCAGCAGCGGUGUUUGGCUUUCUAGCAAUGAUAGCGUACAUUAUAGAUGCUAUCAUGGUCUUCCUGGACUGGAGGAAGACUAAGAAACAAGCUGCUUUGAAGACUUCCACUACAAAUGGACCAAACCUCACCCCCGCUGUAAUUGAAGAAGGUAGCUUCGAAGGUAGGGUAACAGGUCCAGGCACGUCAGAACGAGAUUUGCGAGAUACCCCAGAUGUAGAACCAUAUAACGUACAUCACCCUCAAUAUGACAAUCCGGGGUAUAUACCUGACGUAAAAGUCCCUGGUGCAGACGUUAAAAUGGUUCCAAUCCAUGAUAACGACAAUGAAGAACCGACAAGAAGCAAACUGUAUGUUAUAACAAAGGAUGCAGUUUUAGAAACACCAUCAGCUGACGCCAAUAUGCCUAAGGUAGAUAUGCAUGUAGAAAAUGAGCCGAAACAACAAAGAGGGUGUUCCCAGCGUGAUACUCCAGAUUUUGUAGAACCUCAAUUGAAAAUCUCAAAAGGAGACAAAGAAGAAAUAGAAAUAACCGCACCAGAUCUAAGGAUUCAGACACAAGACGACAAAUGGAAAAGUGUCCCACAAAGGAAAGACGAAAAGGCCGUCAAAGUCACACGUAAGGUGUCUGAUGGUGGCUCAUCUAUAGGUAGCAUCAAGGAAUAUAUGUACAGCGUUAGAGGUGACCAAGACGAGUUAAAUAAAGAGACGACACCAAAUUUUCAACUGACAACUGUAAAACCUGAUGCGGCCUAUAUCGUCGAUGAACCUCAGCUUAGACCUUUGAAACGUGAAGUCAAAUACGUGGAAGAAAAAAGAGAACCACCGAACAUUGACUCUACAUACGAGUAUGACAUGAAUUACACCCAAGAUGAUGAAGGUCCAUCUAUUCAAGAUUUUAUUAUGGAUAAAAUUAAAGACAUGGACUUUGAAGAAAAGACAGAGUUGAGCGAAACUCUUAGCAGAGAAAACAGCAGACCAUCCACUCCAAUUUUAGGUAGCCCUAACAAAGAGUUUGUCAUUGAGGAAAUACAUUUUGAGCCUCCGAGUUCUCCUUCUGGUCAGGAUUUCCAUACAAACAAGUUUAAAGAACAGAAUUGGAGGCUUAAAUCCCUUGAAAUCCCAAUUAAUGAUAAUGAUGACCUCCCUUUACAAUUGCCUAAUCAACAGUCCACUAUUGUAAUUAAUGGCUCCGAUACAUCCCCUGUAAAACCUAUGUCGGUUGAAAGGCAGAUUCCCCUCCAAACUACCAAAAAUGAUCCUCAGAUUUUAAUCCUUGAAGGUUUUGAUGGUAAGCCUCUUGUAGUAAGAAGGGAUCAAUUAGAUGAGUAUCCAUACUCCCUUCUUUAUGCCCAACAGUAUGGUACCCCUAAACAGCCAGAAAAGCAAAAUGUUGAAAUUGAUCGCAAUGACGAAGUCUUGGAAGUCACUGACGGGGACAUGACAGAAUUCAAUAUGCCUCCAUUAAGUUUCAGGAGGCGAAGAUAUUCAAUAAGCUCAGACGAAGAUGAAAAGAAAGCACAAAAAGCUGAAGGCAUGAACAAGGAUACGAGUAUAGUCUUGGAUGUCACUGACGGGGACAUGAAAGAAUUCAAUAAGCCUUCAUUGAGUUUUAGGAGGCGAAGUCAUUCAAUAAGUUCAGACGAAGAUGAAAAGAAAGUACCAAAAGAAACAAAGAAUAUCACUAUCGAACACGAAUCAAUCAAAAUAAAGCCUAGCAUCGACACACCUGAAGAACAGAAAAUUGAAAUUAAACCCACUGUUCCAGAGGUCCAAGAUAUGACAACACCACACGUGAAAGUUGACACACAAGUGGGAACAACGAAGCUUCAGGCGAGCGAACCAGAAAAUAAAAAUAAAACAAAGAAGAAGGCAGGUCCAAAAAGAAAAAGUCAACAUGAGAAAAUUGUUGACAACAAAUAUGUGACAGACAUUAACACUAGAUCUUUAUCCCCGACUAGGUUGCCCGUGAUGGAACCAGAUGGACGUAUAGCACAACAGACAUACUCAAAGGGUACCAAAACUACAAAGGUUCCAAUAUCCAUCGUUCCAAAAGAGGAGGUUGAUAAAGCGAAAGCAAGUGAAAUCAUUGUUUCUGAGGAGAGACUGACUAUCGAGUCAAGCAAGAGAAAGGAUAGUCAGUCGUCAAAGGAAUCCAAAAGCUCGACUGAAAGCACGAAGGAAGUGGCUUUUGAACAGGAAAUAAGUGACACUAAAUUGAAACCUAUAGAAAUCAGGAAGAAUGGAAGUGACAAAAAUCCAAAAUUGGAGAAAGUUGUUGAGAUUAAAACAGUGUCUGAUGUCAACUUGAGGUCGCUGUCGCCAACAAGACAGACUUCCAGAGAUGCCACAACUGAAAAAAGAACCAGCGAUAUCAUAUACAAAGAUGACUUGCAUCUUAAUCAAUACACAUCUGGUGAUAACGCUGAUAAAACAGAACGAAAAUCACAGGAAAUAGAAAAGGAAACACGAAAGGGAGAGUUCGAUGUAAACGUAACAAUCCCGAGUGUGGACUUAUCCAUCGGAAGCUUGAGUGAAGAUCCAAGUGUCACAAAACAGCCGAAAAUACCACAGGUUGAGGAAACCGUAACAAAAACAACAUCUGUAACAGAAAAGGAUGAUGAUGCAAAGCGAAAAGAAGAAAAACCUAAGAAACCUCCCAAAGAACCGCAAAUUGAAAAAAUUGUUGAAACAAAAACUGUUUCAGAUAUUAAUGUUCGAUCUUUCUCUCCUACUCGCCAACACUCGAGAGAGCAACGCAAUGAGACAAUACAAAGACAACGUUUCACGAAGGAUAACUUUCAUAUUGAUCAAUUCUCCAAUGUAAAUAUGCAAUCACCAACAAAGGAACAGCGCAAAGACAGUACAACAUCAGAGCAAAGUAAACAAUCUAAAGAUAACCAGAAGGACGGAAUGGCAACAGAGGUCAUGGGGCUACAAGAGAUUGAAGAACAAUCAUCAACAUUCCACAUUGAGAAACCUCAAGCAGAUAUACAGGAUUCGGUAUCAGACACAAGUGAUAGAGAAAAGCAUGAAAUACCAAAACCCCAAAAAUCUGUUACGAAAUCUGAUCAUAAAGAAAAGAAUAGCAAAUCGAAAAAACAUAAAAAGGAAAAACAAGAAGAAAAAAUAGUUGAAACUAAAACUGUUUCAGAUAUCAAUGUUCGCUCAUUUUCACCUACUCGACAACCAUCGACUGAGGUAAAAAACGAAACAAUUCAUCAAAAGGGAGUGACUAAAGACAACUUCCACAUUGAUCAAUUUACAACAAGCCAAUCUGUAGAGCAAAAAGAGAAGCCAGUAAAGGAUUCAACUCAAUCCAAAGGGAUGAAGUUUAAAACCUCUAUAAAUAUAACAGACGUGGACAAAUCUCUAGAGGCUCCGAGCCUGAAGUUGAAAACGAAGACACCCGAGGUUCCACAAGCGGAGGCGGUUACGUUCAAAACUCCAACAGUGAAAGAUUUAAAAGUUAAGACUCCAAAACCUGAUGUUGAUGUGAAAGUAGAAACAAAAGCACCGCAAGGCGAGGAAAUAAAAUUUGAAGCACCUACUGUAAAAGAGUUAAACCUAGAAAAACCAAAGACAGACAUCGAUGUGAAGGUGAAAGCCAAAGUGCCACAAACUGAAGCAGUGGUAUUCGACAGGCCAACUGUAAAAGAUAUAACUGUGCGAAAACCAAAGGCAGACGUCGAUUUUAAACUAAAAGGAAAAGCCCCACAAGCUGGAGGUAUUAAAUUUGAAAGUCCAACUGUGAACGAGUUCGCUUUAGACAAACCAAAAGCAGACGUCGAUUUUAAAUUAAAGGGAAAAGCCCCACAAGCUGAAGGUAUUAAAUUUGAAAGUCCAACCGUGAAAGAGUUCGCUUUAGACAAACCAAAAGCAGACGUCGAUUUUAAACUAAAAGGAAAAGCCCCACAAGCCGAAGGUAUUAAAUUUGAAAGUCCAACUGUGAACGAGUUCGCUUUAGACAAACCAAAAGCAGACGCCGAUUUUAAACUAAAGGGAAAAGCCCCACAAGUCGAGGGUAUUAAAUUUGAAAGUCCUACUGUGGAAGAGUUCGCUAUAGACAAACCAAAAGCAGACGUCGAUUUUAAAUUAAAAGGAAAAGCCCCACAAGCCGAAGGUAUUAAAUUUGAAAGUCCAACCGUGAAAGAGUUCGCUUUAGACAAACCGAAAGCUGACGUCGAUUUUAAACUAAAAGGAAAAGCCCCACAAGCUGAAGGUAUUAAAUUUGAAAGUCCAACCGUGAACGAGUUCGCUUUAGACAAACCAAAAGCAGACGUCGAUUUUAAACUAAAAGGAAAAGCCCCACAAGCUGAAGGUAUUAAAUUUGAAAGUCCAACCGUGAACGAGUUCGCUUUAGACAAACCAAAAGCAGACGUUGAUAUAAAAUUACAGUCACCAAACCUACCACAAACAGAGAAGGUAGGCUCACAAUCUUUCACCGUUAAGGAAGUAUCACUUGAGCCAUCAGCAAGUGCGAAAAGUAAACGUGUCAAAUCAAAAGAAAAACAAAUCGAAAAAAUAGUUGAAACUAAAACUGUCUCAGAUGUCAAUUCAAGAGCACUCUCUCCCGGGAGACAAAUAUCUUACCAUGAACCCAGGGAAAUUCAAAAAUCUGGUAGUUUGAUAGAGGAUAAGAGACAUAUUGAUCAAUUCACAGACGUUGCAUCAAUUCAACCGAAAUUUGAACGAGAAUCAAGACGCGAUAGUUUCGAAAAACGUGGCAAAAAUAUGAAAAAGGGAAAAACAGGUGCAUAUGACGUAACAUCAGUUGAUCCAGAAACGGAGCAAGUACAAAUGAGACACCCCGAAAAACAGAAAAUAAGGAAAGAGAAUCAAGAAGAGCAAAUUAAAGAAAUCAAACGAGUUUCUGACACCAAGUCCAAGUCAUUGUCCCCUACACGAGGGUCAGUUCAAAGAGAUCCAGAAACCAUAAUACAAUUUACAGGGGAAAAACCGCCGGCGUUUGAACAACCUGUAACUUUAACAAAAUUCCGAAUAACGUCCAAUGAGGGUGCUUCAACUGAUCCAGUGCAUAUACGACCACCAAUAAUAUCGCAACCCCACGAAACCAUCACAACGAUAGGCGAUAGAGAAAAAUCAGAAAACAAAAAUGAAAAAAGAGCACCCAAGACAUCGGACGAUUCUGACAAAAAAGAUCGCAAAUCUAAAAAAGAAAAACGAGCGUCCCAAACAGAACGAAUAAUAGAAACAAAGACCGUUUCUGAUAUCAACAGGCGAUCGUUCUCGCCAACUAGACAGACACGUCCGCAAGACUCUAUAGAAUAUAUCAAAGGAGAUACAAUAGUUCGCGAUAACCAUAUUGCACAGUUUGAUACUUCUGAAGGCGAGAGUCCCAGGGUUAAAGGCAAAUCAAAUCUCAAGGCACCAAAAUCGUCUGUGAAAAGUGAAAUUAGGGUCAACAUAAAUGAUAAAGAAAAUGAAGGAGGGAAGUUUGAUACUGCGAUUCGGCCAAUAACCCCGACCGGUAUUGCAUCUGAACAAUUAUCGUUUGGUCUCAGACCACUUGAUUCUUCAACUACCGACCAACCAAGCAAUACGUUCCCCUCAGAAUCAAAAGAUAUUGUGAUGGCUGUUCCUUAUUCGGACCACUCUGAUACUACUCGGAGAACUUUCACUUCUGAAACAAUUACUGAAACCAUUAAUGAUGAACGAAGGCAACAAACAAAGGAGGUGAGAGUACUCGAAGGGGAAUCUGAUGACGUAUCAUGGAAUGAAAUGCCAGUGGAUGUUCCUCGAUCCCAGAAUGCACCUAUAUCUUACAGAACUGAAAUAAGCCCUGGGAAGGGAGAAAUGAGCUCAAUUGCAAGUGAUGAUAGUUCGGAUUCGGCAACAAGACGGUACAGAAUGGAGACUGCCAGCCCAACCGCAUUCUUACCUUCUUCAACCCCUCCUAAACGACUUUCCUCAGGCGGCGAUGAGUGGGAAGUUGUGUCCUACAUGUAUGGGGUCAGCACAUCCCCCUCUGUCAAUUUAUAGUUACCCAAUCUCUUGUAUAUAAGUAUUCCCCAUUCAUGAUAUGUACAUCUCGAUGUCCUUAUAACUAUUACCCAUUGUAAAUAAGAUAUGUAACACAUAAUAAUAUAUAACAUAAAUAAAAGUUCUUCAUAAUUUAUCAAUGAAAGCUCAUUUUUAUCGAUAUAAUAUGAAGAACUUAUCCAAUAUAACAUAUUUCAUGAUGUUCCUAUUACAUACUUUUAACGGCAUUAUCAUAUUAUUUGCACCUGGGAAAUAUGAGGUUUUUCACAGUUACAGACAUCAUCAUUGUGUAUAAAAAUGAUAUAGCAGCAACAUUUAUCUUGCCAUUAAGUAAUAUCUUUCAAGUAAUAUCUUUCAUGUAUGCAUACCUCUGCAGGCUACGCUGUAUAUUAUAUCUUAUGAACUGUAAAUACCAUUUCUAUUGAGAUUAAAACGGAUGCAAGAAUUAGACUUAAAGUUAUUGAACAGAUUUUUACCUGUAAAUGUAUGUGUACGUAUCUAAAUUAUUUGAAAAAUCACUGAAUAUGCUGUUUUUCAAGUAAAAUCAUUUAUUUUGACGAAGUAUUCUAUUCUGCUGAAAUGACAAUCCACAAUAAAGAAUGCUUAUAUUGAUUGAUGAUUGUAAAUGUGUAGAGUGAACAUUCAGGGAAAUUUGUAAAUUGGACUUAUUGAUCACCCCUCGUGGUCUUGUUAUUACACCAAACGUCACGUAAUUUAAUGCUGUAAUUCCAUGAAUAGUUUAACGAGCAAUUAAUCAUUGAAUGUAUUUAUGAUAUUAGUAACAAUCUACUAUCAUCGCAUUAUUACCAGGGACGCAGCUAGGAUUUAGGAAAUCGGCGAGGCAAAUUCAAGUUAAAGUGAAUAUUAUUAUCAACAGGACUUCAACUGCACUGUUACUGUCACUGAAAACAAAAAAACAUGUAUUUGUGGUAUUUUUGGUGAGACAAUUGCCUCGCCAUUCCUUGCAAGUAGCUACGCCCCAUGAUUCCAUUGUUUGUUGGUCUCAUUCUAUAGUUUACAUUUCAUAUUAAUGUGUACAUUGUAACAUCUUGCUUAAUUAUAAUUACAUUAUGCGUAAAUGCAUACUAUUAAAUUAUGCGUAAAUGCAUACUAUGAUUGUUAUGAUUUGUAAAAAGAAGGAUUUCUUUGGUGCUAUUAUUAAAAAUCGAUUAUUCUGUACAGCUAUUGAAAAUAAAUUUAACAAUGGAAAAUACCAAAUAUAUUUUAGUUAAGAUGUUUAAAAAAUAAGGAAAAUGGCCCCUCUGAAACUUGCUUCAAUAUCUAUUCACUG